CCCCCUCUCUCUCUCUCUUUUAAUACAAUAACUUAUACAGAAAAUGGCCUAAUCGUUCGAACGUUGAGUUUUGUAAAAAUCGAUCGAAUUAGAAUUAGAUUAUUAGCUUGAGAAUCCAUUAUAGUACAUAUAAUAUCUACAAAUAUAAGUAAAUAAGAAAGGAUAGAAGACGUAGGUCAUUAGGUCAUAAAAUCGAUGAUGUAACUGGUCGACUAAAUGAAAAUGUUUUUAAAAUACGAAAGGAAUAUACGCUUUUGGGAGGAAAGUUUCAUUCAAGGUCAAGACUUAUAAUGCCGAAAGGCGCGCGCCGCAUAUGUCUGUAUAUGUGUGUGUUAUAUAUAUAUAUAUACAUAUCUUGUACGAGCCGGCUUUCGAUCGGCUCGAAGCGAGAAAAAGCUAACGUUUUUCGCAUUUCGUCGAUGAACUUGGACACAUAUAUACAUAAACGUUAAUGUUUUCAACUACGACGAUACCGACGAGUCACAUUCGUUAGAAGAAGACUGUGUGAUACGUGAGGACGAAUCUGGUACUCUCUCUCUAAAUUUGGAUACCAUUUCUAAUAGAAGACGCAUGUGAGUUGGACGACCACGUGGACCGAAUCCAUCGAAAAAACAAUUCUUCCGUAACCCUACAGUAAGAUUUUACAACUACGGAAUUACGAAAUAUCAUUUUCGUGAGAUUAUGCGUUAUUUUUCUCUACUUGAUGAUUAAUCGGUGAGAAUUAAUUAUAAAGAAAUGUAUAUGUAUGUGUAAUUGUAAAUCGCAAUAACGUGAACGGAUUUAUACGAAUUUACCUGUGUUAUAUUAUGUGUGAGGAAUGAGCUAGUGAAAAACAAUAGAAAGAAUAUAUAUAUAUAUAUAUGUGUAUGUAUAUGUAUGUUAUGUGUGUAUAUAUAUAUAUAUAUGUACAUAUACAUAGGAUUAUUAAAAAGUAUUAUUGUGUAUAAGAGAAAUGUGAUAUAGUUUGAAUUUUAACGAUACUUAUAAAUCCUUUAAAAAAUUUCUUAACAUCUAUUAUACUGCGAAAGAAAAUUAAAUACUGUCAGAUUGUUUUGAAGGUAAUGCGUGAACAGAAAAUAGUUAGUACUUUUUACAAAGAGAACUAACUGGAAAUUUUUCAAUUUGAAUGAAGAAGCUCAUUGUCUAAUCAUGUCGAAUAAAAAUAUAUUGGAUGAAGAACCUAUGAAGAAAAGACUGAGGCAUCGCAUUAUAUCGGAUCAUAUUUAUAAUGAAGAAUUUGAGGAAUUAGUUAGCAAAAACUGGAGCUGCCAUAACGAGAUUAAGAACAAUAAUCUUGAAGUUAUAUCAACACCUUUUAGGGUUUGUAAAAUAUCAAAUUUUCUUGCUAACGAGGAUUUUAUAAAUGAACUAAAAAAUGAAUUAUUAGAUGUCAAAUAUCGAAGAAAUAUUCUCGACCUGUAUCAGUUUGAACAAUCAGAUGACCUUGAAUUUGUGGAUAAACCAAAUGUACAACUUUUAUACGCAGCUUUUCAGAUCGAGAUUGCCAUGUGGAUGGAACGAGUUACAAGAAUUCCUUUGAACAACAAAAUCUCAAUGUCGAGCUCUUGUUACUGUAAUACUGAUUACUUGCUUUGCCAUGACGAUAAUAUGGGUGAAAGAAGAAUUGCUUAUAUAUUAUAUCUUUCAAAAAAUUGGAUUGCAGAGGACGGAGGAACCUUGGAUCUAUUUGAUACCGAUGAAGAUGGAUUGCCUCAAAACGUAGUACGAUCCUUGAUACCAGAAUAUAAUUCGCUAGUGUUUUUUGAAGUUAUGGACACAUCUUUUCAUCAAGUAUCAGAGGUGAUUUCCACUGAGAGAACUCGUUGGUCGCUCAAUGGUUGGUUCGAAGGUUCGUUAAGACAGAGUAAUAGACUGCCAAGACCUAUUUUAUUUUGUAAAUAUACUGAACCAAUGGAUAUGGAAAUAAAAUUAGAGUCAUGGGUUAGGGGUUGCUAUCUUGAAUCGAAAAUGAUUGACGAUAUUCAGAAGGAAGUUGAAGUAGAAUCUUAUGCAUUUCUUUCCAGUUUUUUCAUAGAAGAUGUAUAUAAUAAACUUUCAGCAGAGAUCACCUCUGAAAGUAUUUCUUGGGAAAAAGUUGGUCCUGCUGAUGUAAGAAAUUAUGAGGUAGCUGACGAGAAUACUUUGCCAGCAUUAUUGAAAAGUUUCUGUGAUAUAUUUAAGUCUAAGAUUAUAUUUAGACUUCUCAGAAAUUAUACAGAAUUAGAUCUUGUAUCGAUGAAACCAGACAUGAAACCAAAAAUGACUAUGGAAUUGCAAAGAUGGUCGCAAGGUAGUUACACAUUGAUUACUGACAGAUUGAAAAACAAAAGUAACGAAGGGGAAAAUCAAAUGGAGGAGAAAGUGUCCGAUGCAAAAAAUAAAAGUAAAAAAUCAUUGGAUGGAAAAGAGAUUAAGGAAAAAGAACUAAUGGAAUCUUUCACCAGUACCGACAGCAAAUGUUCUAUACAAUCUACUAGUGAUAAUAGAAAUUCUUUUAAAAGCAAAAAUUCUAUAUCUAUGGAAUUCAAUAAUGACAAUAAAUCAUCUAAAAAUAACAAAGAUUCUACAUCUAAACAAUUUAUUAGUACUACUAAAUCAUAUAAAACUAAUAAAGAUUCUAAGCCUAAGCGAUCUGAUAGUAAAAGUAAAAAGAAUACAGAUAGCUCUAAAAAAGAGACAUAUAAAUCUGAAAAUUUGGAAUCUUCUAAGAGUAGCGAAGAUUCCCAAUCUACAAGAUGUAGUUGUAGCAAUAAAAUAAUAGGUACCACGUGUAGAUAUUGUAGCACACUUUUCAGCGAUAAAGAAUAUGAGGACAUUGAAGAAGAAGAAGUGCCAAAGUUAAAAAAGAAAAAGUAUAAGAAAGUUAGACCAAAGAACGUAGAAUCGCAAACUUCGUCAUCUGGAUUAGAAAAUUCACCUUCUAGUUUUUAUGAUAUACUUGACAGAAGUGAUUCUGAUGAAGUAUCUGACAUUGGUGAUUACCUCUCGGAUCCCUCUGAUUACGAUAUGGAAUCACAAAAUGAAAUGAUGGAAGAAGAGGAGGAAGAAGAUGAAGAUGAAGAAGAAGAAGAUGAAGAAGGUACUCUUGAUGUUAUCGUUCAAUUUCAUACCGCUAAUUUAUCACAAGAACAAACGAUAGAUUAUGUUCACCCAAAUGAAAAAGAAGGUUCAUUGAUUCAUAUACCACCGAAAGAUAAUCAUCUGUGUCUCAUUUAUAAAACUUUGAGUGUCAGUCGUGUUCACAAAUAUAUCAAUCAAUAUUGUAAAGGUUAUUUCUACAAUUUAGUAUGUACGUACUGUGAGUAGUAUUAUUCAUGGUGAAAACCCAUGCCCAAAAUCUUUUUUAGCGGCCAUUGUACAUUCGAUGCGUCGUUCAAUUAAAAGAAAUUUAUUUUUUAUUUUGAAAGGAAAUAUAUAUUUGAUUGUACAGUGAAUCAAAUUUAAUCGAGGAGAUAAAAAAUAACGUUCGGGAAGAUUAUAAGUUGAUUCAUCGAAAGAAAUAUUUAUCUUGCGAAAGAAUUGUAAUAUAGUAUUUGUAUUAAUAAAAUUAUCAGUAUUUAUGGGCAUAAAA